UUUUCUCUUCCCUCCUUACCACUUCCACCCGCAAUCUUCACCAGCCAACCAGACACGAGGAACUUUCCAACAGCAUUAGUGUCCAAGGAAGAACUUCCUCCCCUCUUCAUUACUGCCAGCCAAGAAAUCCUCUGCUCCUCCCAAGGCUGAACGAGGAUUGGGACCUCUCUGUGAAUCCUUCCGACUCUGUCACCGUCUUCCGUGGCUGCCUGUCUCAGACUCAGACCUUCCCGGACCAGCUGUGCUUCAGUUUGUUGGCACACGCCAGCACCAAGGAACUAAGAAUUCUUGCAAGUUUGGAGAAUACUGGUAUAAGAUUAUAUAAAGCUGCAGGCAACUGUCUAUGCACAACACAUCAGAAAAGGAUCAGAGUGCAAAUGAUGAGACCCUACCCAAACUGACUGGAUAAUUUCUAAGGUGUUUUCUACUUUUGAAAUUCUAUGCCUUUUUCUCCCCCCUAUGAUUCUAUUUUUUAAAGAGCCUAUUAUGUGCCCAGCAUUAUACUAAGGUCACUCUGGAGAGGACUGGUAAGGGAGGGGAUAUAAAAGAAGCCAGCUAGAUAGGCAAACAACUAGUACUAUUAGUUAAAAAAAAAUCCUCACGGGAAGGAUUUGCUUCUUACAUCUCUACAGUCCCAGACAAGGCUGGGGUUGGCUGGUUGAUAGGAACGACAUUUUUGUAGCUUUCUGUGCACAUGUCCCUGCAAAUUAUUGUAGCGAUGAUCAGGGCUGAAUAUCAUAGCAUGAUGACCUCACCUUUCCAACAUGCUCCCCCACCCUUUUCCAGUCCCUGAAUUACCCUCCUAAGCAGCUUCUCUGCUGAGUAAUGCUCAGUUCCCAGGGUUUAUUUUGGAGCUUGAACCAAAGAAAAGGAGCAACUCGGAAUUCACUUUUAAUAUUAAAAACAUCCUAGUCUACCCACUUAACAUUCCUAAAGCCCCUACAUUCACACAUAACUGUACCCUAGAUUAAGGCCUACUUUUUCUGCCACAUUAUAUGGGGGCAUUUUGGAACCUAUUUAAGGCCACUAUUUAGGAAAUCUCAAGGCCUGGAGAGAGCCAAUGAAGUGUGUUGGAGGUAGGCCUUGUGAGAUGGGGGUUCUAUUUUUGGAGGCAGUAGAAUGUUCUUUCUGCUGCUUUGGGAACAUUUCAACUAAUGCUUCUUGAGCCUUCCCUUGGUUAGUAAGCUGCAGGGUGGAGGCUGCAGGAAGGUAUAACAGUCUGACUUCAGGGUGUGGGUGGGAUGGGCAGGAAAGGUGAGAGAAGUACUCAUUAAAAGCAUCUGUUAAAGGACCUUCUCCUUCCAAUCUAAACUUUACUUACCUUACCUGAAAUUCCCAAACCAUUUGCUCUAUCAUCAGGUGUAUUCUAGCAUUGGGUCAGAGAAAAAAGAUCCUGUUAUAACAGGAAUAGUCUUUUAGCACCCGUAUUUUGUUCCGAAGGAGAGGUAGGCUAGAGAGAAACAGAUAGGCUCUUCAGGCUUAGCCACGGGCUUAUAAGUGGGAGUGGCAAGGUAUUCAUACCGAGGGAAAGUUAGUCAGCAGCCUUGAAUGUUUUUUGUAUGCAAAGCCCAGCACUUGUGAAGAACGUACAAACUAGACUGGUUUUUACCCUUGGGGAAACUCUCAGUCCCUUGAAGAAGAUUAUCCCUAUACAAGACACAUAACAAUGAUCUGUAACCCCAAACUGAUACAGUCAGGUAAAACUCUAUAGGUGUUGUGGGAGAUACUGGAAGAAAGAGGGUAGAUAGAGCUGAGUAAGUUUAAGGAUGUCCUCCUGGAAGAGGUGAGUUUACAGUAGGGUUUAGAAAGCAGGGAGGAAAACAGAAAAUUGAAAAAUCAUGGAAACUCUAUUCAGAGGUACCAUGACCUAUUAAACCAAAGGCAGGAAGAAAUCACAGAUGUGAAAUGUAGUAAGAGUUCAGGGGAAAGAUUCCUCUAGGGACUUGAAUGGAGUCUUGAAACUUGGAUAGUAUUUUAAGAUGGAGAGUGGAGAGAGUUAAGAAAGACAGGAAUAAGCAUAGCUAUAGCAGAGAAUGUACUACCGCUAGAAAAAACGGGGCCAGAUUCUGAAAGGCCUUGAAAACCAGCCCUAAGCAGUAGGCAGUUAAGUAAAUCAUUCCAGGAUAGGGAGGAGUUAGGAAAUGGUAAGAAAAUGGUAACAGAGGAAGAUUCCUGAAGCUUGUCCUAGGGAACUUGGAUUAUGUACAGAGGCAAACGGGGAUGUAAAGUUUCUGAGUAAGGAAAGGCCAUGGGCCACAAAGAGAUGGCUGUAGCAUGAAGACUGAUAAGUGGUUUCUUUCUAGGAAGUUAUGAGGGACCCUGUGAGUAGCCAGUACAGCUCCUUUCUUUUCUGGAGGAUGCCCAUUCCAGAACUGGAUCUGUCGGAGCUGGAAGGCCUGGGUCUGUCAGAUACAUCCACCUACAAGAUCAAGGACAGCAGCGUUGGCAAAAUGACGGGGCAAGCAACCGGAGCAGAGCAGGAGAAAAACCCUGAAGGCGAUGCCCUCCUUGAGUACAGCACCUUCAACUUUUGGAGAGCUCCCAUUGCCAGCAUCCACUCCUUCGAAUUGGACUUGCUCUAAGCCCAAGACCUUUCUCCCACCACCUUGCCCUCAUUGCCUGCCCUUUCAAGCUCCUUCCUUUCUACCCUUUUCCCCUUUCAACCUUGCUCUCUCCCUUCUAUUGUGUUGAGGUGAUGCUGAUGAAUCUGCCAGAGUUGUGAUUUAUUUAUUUAUUUAUUUAACCUAUCUAUUUUUCUUUCUUAUUAGUUGCUCUCAAAAGCCCUCAAGCCACAAAGUAAAGGAUUCAAGCAAUGGAGUAUUGGGUCACAAAGAUUCCUCCUUUCCUCCCCCAGAUACUAAUUCCAGAAAACAGGCCUGAUGAGGGCACCAGAGAGUAGCACAGUAGUGCAAAAUGGAGGAUUUUUUUUUUUUUACUUCAUUUAAUCAGCUUCAGAGAUUGCUCAAACCUUCCUAAUUUCUUGCUCCAGGCCAGUAAACACAAAGAUUUCUUCAAGGGUUGAUGAAAACCCUAUAAAUUUUAAUGUGAGAUUAUCUGCUAUAAGACUAGAAUUCCUAAAAGACUAAGGUUAUCCUGCUCCUUCUUUUAAUACACUUUUUCUCAUAGAAAUUGGGGAUAGUUGAAGGUAUAAAACAAGAGGAAAUAAUACAUCAUGGGAAAUGACAAUAGGGGAAAGCACUGAAUCAUUUCAGAAAUAGCUACACACUCUCAAAAGUGUUUUCUUUCUUCAAGCCUCCUCACUUUACAAUUUUACUCCUGUGGGCUGAAAACUAGCUGAGGAAAAUCAUUUGGAUUUCAAAUCUUAAGAUGCAAUCUUGCUGAGUAUUAUGAUAAUUUGUAAGAUUUUAUUCAGGUUCUAAAAGAUACAGGGUUUGGUCCUUAGUAUUUUAGUUUUGCUGUCCUGCAUUUGCAAUGUAGAAUACUGAUCAAACGGGCCUGAGGCACAGUUCUUCAGCUACCUUGCUCCCAUGAAAUGAACAAUCAACUCUGACCCUAUACCUUGUCUCUACUCCUUCCAAAAUUAUUGCUGUUGAUUUGUGCUGCCAUUUAAUCACUUCUUUAAUAAAGACAUUCAAUCCCAG